CUAUACCUUAUAAUAAUUGAAAGGCAGUUGAAGGGAAAGAGCUUGAAGGAUUGAACACGAAUGAAUUACAGAAGCUUGAAGAACAAUUAGAAAAAGGUUUGAGCCGUGUUGUCAAAGCUAAGGAAGAAAUAAUUAUGAAAGAGAUCAAUGCGCUCAAGAGAAAGGGAAUCCAGCUGAUGGAGGAGAAUCAGAGAUUGAAACAGGUGAUGAAAGUUGGACAAAAACAAGGUCAGUCAUCUGAGUCAGCAACUAUCGGCAGCACAUCUGAUUCUCUUCAUGAGGAUGAUAGUUCAGACACCUCUCUCACAUUGGGGUUAGUAUGUAACAAACUUAACUGUUCAUUUGAGUUUUCUCAUGAACAAGCAUGUCAAGAAAAUGCAAGAAUUUAUUCAAUUCUCUUGAGAUAGCUGAUUAUUGACAGACCUGAGAUUACGUGAUUACUUGUUUUAUUAAAAACACAUCCUG